AUGGGCGGAGCUCUUCCUGCCAGGCCUGAACCACCGAAAUACGCACAAUUUGAAGUAGGAAAAAAUGGUCUUGCCGUCGAUCCACCAAAGACAAUCUCGGAAGAUGCAUUACCGCCUAUGCCGACAUGGGAACAUGCAAGCCAGAAGCAUGUGGAUGAUGACGAGAAAGGUGAAAUGGGCAUGGAAUUGAAAGAAUUGGAUCCUGUUACGGGUCAGAAUAUGCCAAUGACGACUGGAGGCGUUGUCAGUAAUCAUCCCAACGGCCCAGAAAAUAGACAAGGGGAAAGCGCUUAUGGAAGACAAGGUCAGGGUAUGAACAAUGGUUUCAUGAAUUCUCAGGGCUUUUACAACCAAAGUCAAAACAACCUACCUGGAAAUGGUAGAGCUUUUGGGCCAGGAGGAUCACCAAAUCUUGGGAUGGCUACGGAUCCACUUAUGGGUUAUAGAGGAACGCCACCUCCAAUUGCUUCGAAUAAUCAGCUGGAUGGAAUGGGAUACAGGGGUACACCGGGACCAGGAUUAGCAACGGGGAUUGGAGAAGCAGGUAUGGGAUAUAGAGGAACGCCUCCACCAGGCAACCGAGGAUACCGUGGUGCACCAUCGCCUGCCCCUGGAAUUAAUCUUGAGUCGGGGCAAUAUAGGGGCGGGCCAUCUCCAGCGCCAAGCAGAGCAUAUGGCGAAUCACCACAAAAUCGAGACUUUGAACCAGCUAUGCCACAGGAAUUUCCUUUCAACAGUGGGUUCAACGACACGCCUGUUUCCGGAUAUGCUCAAGUAGAACCAAUGUAUGACAAUCAACCAUACCCAUCUCAGCCAUCACGUCAAUUCUCAAAUGAUUCCUCGAGACCACUUGACCCAGGAAGAUCACAUACUAACAACACCGACCAAUCAUACCAAUCAUACCAAUACUACCAACCAGACAAUUCCUCCAAUGUUGAUACAUAUCCUGCCCCACUCAUGCCUUCUAGGGGAAUCGGACAAAACGGACCGAACAGAGUGAUAUCACCGAGAAGUCCCCAGCAGCAAGAGACGUCAGCCUAUCCGGGAUACAGACCUUAUGUCCCUGAGCCAGAGACACCAGCUUACCCAGGGUAUAAACCCUACACGCCAGAACCGAGAUAUUGA